AUGUUGACCAUUGCUCUCCUAGCCCUCCUUUGUGCUUCAGCCUCUGUCAAUGCCAUUCAGGUUCAGUCCUCUUCCUACAAUGGUGAGUAUGGAGGUAGUGGAGGACAGCGAUUCUCCCAUUCUGGCAACCAGCUGGAAGGCCCCAUCACCGCCAUCCGUGUCCGCGUCAACAGAUACUACAUCGUAGGCCUCCAGGUGCGCUAUGGCAAGGUGUGGAGCGACUACGUGGGUGGCACCCUCGGAGACCUAGAGGAGAUCUUUCUGCACCCUGGCGAAUCAGUGAUCCAGGUGUCUGGCAAGUACAAGUUCUACCUGAGGAAGCUUGUCUUCGUGACCGACAAAGGCCGCUACCUACCUUUUGGGAAAGAUACAGGCACAAGUUUCAAUGCUGCCCCCUUGUACCCCAACACCGUGCUACGAUUCAUCAGUGGCCGGUCAAGCAUCUUCAUCAAUGCCAUUGGCCUGCACUGGGAUGUCUACCCCAGUGUUUGUAGCAGCUGCUGAGCCCCAGCUUUCUGCUUGGCAGGGGCACUGUGUUGGAGGUGUGAGAAUUCCCUUACCACUAACCCCUAUCCAAAUGGCUCAAUAAAAGAACAUGGCUAAAGCUAGUGUGUAUGUGGGUGUCUGCAGCUGGGAUCCGCCUUUGACUCUGGGUAUGGAUAUGUGAAUCUCUUCUCUGGCUGUCUGUUGGACAUAAAUCUGGGGAAGAGUGGGAGGAUGAGAGAGAGAGGUGCUAUGUAAGAAUCCUGGGCUUUUAUAUUUUCUCAAGAGGAGAUAAGAUUCUGGCUUGCGCCAACUCUUUUUUCAAGGAUAGUUCUAGAGAAUGUUUACCUAAACUGGAGUUCUGAGGCUGAGGGCAAGGCCUAGUUGUAGCUUAUUACCAAAAUCCCAGAUGUUCCACUCUCAAGCUCUCCUCCCUGCUUGUCCUCCCACUGAGAAAGCACUUCUCUGCCAAAAGGCUGUCACCUCACUCUUCUGACGUUAAUCUACUCGCUGUAUGUGGGUAGCCUGGGCUAUUACCCUUUAUUCUUUCCCAGAACCUACCUGACUCCUAAAAUUUAACCUAAGUUUAUUUUUUUUUAUGUCUAAGGACUCUGCCCUGUU